AUGAGUCGUUCCCUUCCUGUCGUGUCCAGCGACGGAAACCUGCCGUGGUCAGACAGCCAUAGCCAUAGCAUGGACUCCGAUGAGAUUCCUCAUGUUGGCUUGCCUUCCCCCUGGUUGGACUCCCUUCCGACAGCCUCCAACUCUUUGUCCACAUCGUCGUCGACUUUGAGCUUCGCCCGUACGGGCCAGCUCUCGCCCCAGCUGUCACCCAUCAGCACUGGCAUGGCCAUGUCCUGCGGAGGCUCCUCCUGCCUUGCCUCGCCGUCCCUCUCGCCCCCCACUGCUGCUAUGAAUUCGCACUCGCUUUCCUCGUCGGCCUCGACGGAAUCCUCAUGGACCAUGAAUUACUCGGGCUCGGGCUCGGGCUCGGACGAGGGCCAUGAGCACGAGCAGCUUCCGCGGGGCGCCAUGAGCCACCACCAUGACAUACACCAUGAACACAUGCCCUGGGAGCAGGACGAUCCGGAUGAGCUGUUGAUGGCCCCAAAACUGGAGCCCUUGGAUGAUGAUGGAUUCUGUAUGGAUGAUUUGGGGGAAGCCCCUGCCACUCCCAUUGGAGGAGUUGCCCAUGCGCUGGGGCUCAACCAACCAAAGCCAAAACGACCCAGAGGACGUCCUCGGAAGCACCCCCUUACCCCUAAUCUGACUGCCAACAAAGUCACCAAAGGCCGCACCAAGACUGGCUGCUUGACAUGCAGGAAGCGAAAGAAGAAGUGUGACGAAGCCAAGCCGCGAUGCAUGAACUGCGAAAAGAACGCCGUCGUGUGUGAAGGCUAUCCGGAGAAACAGAUCUGGAAAAGCGGCAAAGAAAGGGCCGAAGAGGAACGUCUCAAGUCACACAGCGUCAUGUCCAUUACGAUGCAGCCCAUCUUCCACGGGCUCGAGACGGUCGAAGACAUGAUCUUCUGGAAGCACUACAAUGAACACCUCAGCGCCGUGCUUACUGUCGAGGGUGAACACAAGAAUGCUUUCAAGGACAUGAUGGUGCCCAUCGCGGUCAAACACCAGGGCCUCAUGCAUUCCAUCUUGUCUUUGGCAAGCAAACAUAUUGACUUUGACACACCCUAUGGAGCCACCGUCUUGCGCAACUACCCUUCCACAAGCCUGGACCUCAUCCGGGAACGAUCGAUUUUCCAUCACGACGCCGCCAGGCAGAAGUUUUUCGAAGAUGUCGAGUUUAGCAAAGGAAAGCCCUGCACCGAUGACGAGGUUUUGGUGUCUGCUCGCUAUGGACAGAUGCUGUGCUUCCUCUUGGAAGCUCUGGCAGAGGGUAACCCCCGUGGCGAGCAUCGCGUCCACCUUUCGGCAUACCGCAGUCUUAUCGCCAGCUCGCCUCCUGGAGAUUCGGCCUUCUUGUCGUUCAUCGCCGAGUUUUUCCAGUACCACAUCUUCGCCGACGAAUUGAUCCACUCGUCCGACAAGUCAGGCUACCGUUCCAUGUCGGACGCCCAAGAGCUCCCGUCGGUCCCUCAUAUCCACCCUCCCCGACUUCUUGGUGUUGCCGAUGGACUGCUCGAACAUAUUGUCCCCAUCACCACCAUCAGAAACUCGAUCCGGCGUAACAUGGCCGCCCACGAGCCCGUGAUUGUCGACUACAUUAGUCUCUAUCGCGCAGCGGAGAUCGAUGCUGCGAUUCGAGAAUGGGCUCCCCAUCUGCCCCCUGGUGAUCAUCGCGGAAAUGUCAGCCUCCUUUACAAGCACAUGAUGCAGAUUUAUCUCAUCCGUACCAUUUGGCCCCCGGUCGCCACAUCACCCACGCCGACGGCCGCCUCCGUUUCCUCGUUUUCCCACAUCCGCAGCUCGCCAUCCGUCGGCCGACCGACCUCCUCGGUAGUCAAUACCCCGCCGCAGUCUGCCUCUACCAGCUGUGCCUCGUCCCCGAAACUUGGAGCCUCCCACCCGAUGAGCGAGCCAAACGUCUACAAACAAAACAGUACCGGAAUGGGUUCCUCCUCCAACGUAUCCCCGAUUCGCAAGAACAGCGGCGGAGGUAUUGCCGCAGCGCUGGCCGCCGAGAACCGACCCGACUCCCCCCCUCCCAUCCGUCAACCUGUUUCCCACGACGAUCGUAUCACCCGCGCCGUCGAAGAAUCCCUCGACAUACUCGACACCUUCAAGCCGAGCGAUCCCUCCCAGACCCUGUUGUUGCUGCCGUGUUUCGUCAUCGGCACCGUUUGCUUCAAGCCCCGCCAACAAGAGCGCAUCAGGGCCGCCAUCAAGUCUGUCAGGGGCUACACCGGACUAAGAAACGCCGAUCGGGUUGUGGAGGUGCUCGAGGAGGUGUGGCGACUGAUGGAGAUGGGUGAGUGGGUGCGUGUGUGGGACUGGGGUCGUGUUGCAAAGGAUAUGGGGUUGGAUUUUAUCCCUGCUUGA